ACUAAAAAAACAAUAAAACGCAAUUUAAAAUACUACUCAGAGUGUGUAACUGAGAAUAAAGCUCUCUGAAACACAAAUCCCUAGGUGAAAACAACAAACAGAACAACAUCUGGAGAGGGACACCUGACGUCAUCGUUUUAUUGUUGCAUCCAUUGUUUGUUCGUUCAAUCAGAGCUAAGCUCUUUUGGAGGAUAUCCCCCACAUAAAGAGAGCGUUAACCCUCUCGCACCUCACCUAUUCCCACCACCCAUCAAGAUAAUCCAUUCAAUUAAAAUAUCGGACAAAUAAAAAACAAACGGCAAGAUGUUCAUCGAAGAUGAUGCGCAAAUGGACAGCUUUUGGGUGCAGAGCGCUAUUGGCGCGAUCAAGGCGAUCGCCUUCAUGUACGACAUCAUCACGCUGCCGGUCUACUUGGUGCUGCAGAAACCCUGGAAACGCCGGCAGGACUCGCGUCGCGUGAAGGCCAAGCCCAUUAACCAGAAAAUGUUGGUCGAUGAGUCCAAGUACGCGCCGGAUGACAUAGAGGCAAAGAUCGUGAAGAACGAUGACAAUGAGCUGACCUACCGGACUACGGAUCCGCCGCGUGAUGUCCACGUGAAGAUGCUGCAGGAGAACAUCGACACGCUGGAGAAGGUCUUCAACUAUGUGGCCAAGACGUACACGUCGAAGCGCUGCCUGGGCACCCGCCAGAUCCUCAGCGAGGAGGACGAGGUGCAGCAGAACGGACGCGUCUUCAAGAAGUACAACCUGGGCGACUACAAGUGGAAGACGUUCACCGAAGCGGAGCGUACGGCGGCUAAUUUCGGACGCGGUCUGCGGGAACUGGGCCAGAAACCGCGCGAGAACAUUGUCAUCUUUGCCGAGACUCGCGCCGAGUGGAUGAUCGCUGCCCACGGAUGCUUCAAGCAGGCCAUGCCCAUUGUCACCGUCUAUGCCACAUUGGGCGAUGAUGGAGUGGCCCACUGCAUCACCGAAACGGAAGUCACCACGGUUAUCACCUCGCACGAUCUGCUGCCCAAGUUCAAGACUCUGCUGGACAAGUGCCCGCUGGUGAAGACCAUAAUAUAUAUCGAGGAUCAGCUGCAAAAGACAGAGACCACUGGCUUCAAGGACGGCGUCAAGAUCUUGCCAUUCAGCCAGGUUGUGAAGACAGGACAGGACAGCAAAUUUGAGAACGUGCCACCCAAGGGCGACGACAUUGCCAUCAUCAUGUACACUUCCGGCUCCACUGGCACACCGAAGGGCGUCCUGCUGUCCCACAAGAACUGCAUUGCCACGAUGAAGGGCUUCGUUGACAUGGUUCCCAUCUACCCGGACGAUGUUCUGAUCGGCUUCCUGCCCCUGGCUCACGUUUUCGAACUGGUUGCGGAGAGUGUGUGCCUGAUGACCGGCGUGCCCAUUGGCUACUCGACCCCGCUGACCCUGAUCGACACUAGCAGCAAGAUCCGACGCGGCUGCAAGGGCGAUGCCACCGUGCUGAAGCCCACCUGCAUGACUUCGGUGCCGCUGAUACUCGAUCGCAUCUCCAAGGGCAUCAACGACAAGGUCAACUCGGGCUCGGCGUUCAGGAAAUCGCUCUUCAAAUUCCUUUACCAGUACAAAGUCAAGUGGGUGCAGCGGGGCUACAAGACGCCGCUUAUUGACAAAUUGGUGUUCAAGAAGGUGGCCAAGCUGAUGGGCGGCAAAGUGCGCAUUAUCAUGUCCGGUGGGGCGCCUCUGUCAGCCGAUACCCAUGAGCAAAUCAAGACCUGCCUGUGCUUGGAGCUGAUUCAGGGCUAUGGUCUCACGGAAACCACGUCCGGAGCCACAGUAAUGGAUUACCGUGAUAUGACCUAUGGACGCACUGGAGGACCCUUGACUGUCUGCGACAUCCGUCUGGUCAACUGGGAGGAAGGCAACUACCGCGUCACAAACAAGCCGUAUCCCCAGGGCGAGGUUCUCAUCGGCGGCGAGUGUGUCUCCCAGGGCUACUACAAGCUGCCCGGCAAGACCAACGAGGAUUUCUUCGAGGAGGACGGCCACAGAUGGUUCAAAACCGGCGACAUUGGCGAAAUACAAGCUGAUGGCGUACUUAAGAUUAUAGAUCGUAAGAAGGAUCUGGUUAAGCUGCAGGCCGGCGAAUAUGUUUCCCUCGGCAAGGUUGAAUCAGAGUUGAAGACGUGCGGAAUUAUCGAGAACAUUUGCGUAUACGGAGAUCCCACAAAGCAGUUCACAGUGGCGCUGGUCGUCCCCAACCAAAAUCAUCUGGAGGAGCUGGCACAGAAGCAUGGACUUGGCGACAAGACCUACGAAGAGCUGUGCUCAUCGCCCAUCAUCGAGAAGGCUAUACUCAAGGAAAUUGCUGAACAUGCGCGGAAAUGCAAAUUGCAAAAGUUCGAGGUGCCCGCCGCUAUCACAUUGUGCAAGGAGGUUUGGUCUCCGGACAUGGGACUGGUAACGGCCGCCUUCAAGCUGAAGCGCAAGGAUAUCCAGGACAGAUAUCAGCACGAUAUUAACCGCAUGUACGCCUCAUGAAAGUCAAUGUACUAAACGAGAGGUAUACGAUUCAGCAACGACAACAACAUGGAGACAACUACAUUAGUGGAGCAGCAGCAAUGAAGCUAGUGUGUACUAAUGGCGAUUUAGUAGCACCCCACACGGCAUUAGCAUGCAUACCAAAUCCAAAACCAACCUAGCUUAAGUCCUAAAAGAUCUGAAAGCCGAGCAAAACACACGAGAAAACGAUUAGUAAUAUUGUGCAUGUAAAGACAAAAAGUUCUUAUUUGCCUUUUGGUUUUGUUUCCUUUUAUUUGCUAGAAUUUUGAAAAUCACUCGUUUCUCAUCCUAAUAAAUACAGUUCGUUGAAGUUUUGUUGCUAGAUAGCUGCAGCUGGGUUUGGUUUGGAAAUGCGCUGUGUAUGUGCUUAGAAUGCCGUUGAACAGAUUGACAAUGAUAAAGAUAUAAUAACUGAUUGCCGAUGAUGAGAAUGAAUAUUGUAAACUGUACAGUUUUCGGUUUUUAGUACAUUUUGUGGCAAAUGAAUAUUGCAUAAAAAAUACUUAUUUUUAUAUUAAGCUUAAGUGGUUGCCUAUUAAUUAUGUACAUACGAUAUAUACACACGUCUAUAUAAAUGCAUAUAUGUGUAUAAUAAAUCUAAUAUUUAGUGUACUUCUUUAUGCUAAGUUUAAUGUAUGGAAUUCUUGAAGUAAUGAAAUGUAGAAAGAAGAAAAGAAAGCGACUUGAUUAUGAAUUAAAAGCAACAACUGAAAAGUGAA